CUUGUCGAGUCAAUAAAAUUGAAUGAGACUCAAAGUAAUGGGCAAGCAUUCAGAAGAGAGAUUCACCAUUUGUCUGUGAUAUUCUCUGACUGAAGUCUGGGAAUCUGCAUACUUUCAGCCCCCGUUACCCACGAAUCCCCAUCGGAACAACUUCCGGCGACCGGAGAAAAUCGACCCAUCCCACCUCCCUUGGGAAUCCCACUUGACGCCUGACAACCCUCAUCACUAUACUUCUAUUGUUAUAGCACGGUCUCAAACCCUGUCGCUUGCUAUGAGCAAUGUCUUGGGCAUAGCAUGGCGCGCUCCAUGCCCGGGGCUCCGGGCCACGAGCCUGUUCCCCCCCGUCAGCUCCAAGGCGCUCCCCGUCUUCAGUCCUCUCCCCGCCUCUCUGCCUCUGAUUCCCUGCCGAAGAAGCAUCUUCUCGAGACGCGCAUUCGGCUCUCUACAUAAUGCAUACGCGCCCCGCGACCGUCUUAUCCCUCCAGUCUUCUCACCGGUUUCCACUCGUUCGUUCCAGACCUCCGCAUCGCUCCGCGGAGCCAGCAAGCCUCCUCCCGUGGAUCAUGGCGUGAAGCCCCGGCCGGAGUCCUUCUCGCUCGCCGAUGUCAAUGCCAUCUUCGGUGCCCGCGCAAAGAUCUCCCAGUCCAUGGGAAACCGUAUUCUCGCCGUGCUUCACGGCAGACGACUCAAUGGCACUCUGGACCUGGAUCUUCCCGACGACAUUGCUCGCUCGGUUCGCCCGCAAAAUCUCGACGCAGCCCUGAGUUAUCUUCGCGAGCACUAUCCGAUGGAUGAGGACGCAGCGAUUCUUGCCCGCAUCGAACGCGAGGAGCUGGAAGAGGAACAGAAGCUCAUCAGCCGGGCCGAGGAGUUGGGUCUCUACAAGCCCCAGAGCGGUCACUACCAGGCUGAGUUAGGCGAUAAGAAUGAUGUCUCCGGCAGGAGUAUCCUCCAGGAAAUGCGAAAGCACAAUGAGGCUAGGAUCCUGGCUGAAGAAGAACAGAAGCGCAAGGAAUGGUUAGAGGGUGCGGCGGAGGACCAGGAGAAAAUCAAGCGUCAGCUGGAACGAAACACUGCUCUGCAAAAGUUCGAGGACACCUCAGCUCUGGAAGUCCGGGAGCGCGCGGACCCUAGAGAGCGCCCGCUUCUCGCCUGGGUCCAGAAACACCACCUUCGGGCCAUGGAUACUGACGUUGAUGUGAGCAAAAUGACAACGAGCGGUCGCAUUGUCCCCUCCCUCCUGUUCGGUCUGGUCGCCCUAGGUCUUUGCUAUACCUUCGCUCUGCUCUACGAACCCCCUGCAAGAAAGGAUCGGCUAUGGCCUGACACCCCUCGUGCUGCUGCAACAAUAAUCGGCAUUGUCGGUAUAAAUGUCGGAAUCUUUGCUCUAUGGAGAUUCCCGCCAGCCUGGAGAAUGCUCAACCGCUAUUUCAUCAGCGUUGCCGCCUACCCGCGUCCCCUGAGCCUUGUGGGCAAUGUCUUCAGCCAUCAGAAGCCUUUGCACUUGGGUCUCAACAUGACAAUGCUUUGGUUUAUUGGAACACGACUGCACGAUGAAGUCGGUCGCGGCGAAUUCCUGAGCUUGUACAUGGCAUCUGGUAUCAUUGGAUCUCUUCUCUCUCUGUCUGCACAUGUUCUUCUGGGCCAGUGGACUGUGACUGCGCUUGGAGCCAGCGGUGCGAUCUCUGGUAUUGUUGCAGGCUGGUGUAUACUCCACGCCAACGAUAAUCUCACCUUCUACCUGAUUCCCAAAGACUGGCAGGCGGUGGCAUCUGCUCAGGGAUGGGUUAUACUAUCAGCCAUUGUCGGUUUUGAAGCUAUUCGUCUAGCGAUGACCUUCCGCGCUCCGACCCUCGACCACUGGGCCCAUAUCGGUGGCUAUCUCACGGGAAUCGUCUGGGCGGUUGUUCGAAAUGCAAAGGAGAAGAAGCGGCGGGAAGAAAUGAGCUGGUUUCAACGGUUGUUCUCCCAGUAGUCGAGUCGACCCGGGGCCUUGUAAAUAACAUUGGCUAUCUUAGGCACUUGUAAAAUAUAU